AUGUCUCUUCGUCGUUUUCCCAAUGCUGUCAACAUCUCUUCUGAGAUCCUUGGACAACAACUGAAAUUCCGUAAUGGCCGAGUAUCUCAAAAUCGUUUUUUGAAAGCAGCGUUGACCGAAAUUCUAUCGACUUAUGCUCCUCAAGAACCGAAGAAACACGGACUACCAACUGACACCAUCUUGAAUAUCUAUGACAAGUGGGGGAAUGGAAAGUUCGGAAUGAUUCUGACGUCAAAUGUUUUGGUAGAUCCAACCAAUCUGGAGGCUGCUGGAAACGCCAUUGUCUUCAAGGAGGGUGAUUCUCAUGAACGUCGAGCUCUCUUCAGCCACUGGGCGAAAAUAAUGAAACAAGACGGAGCUCUUGCAGUAAUGCAACUUUCUCAUGCUGGAAGGCAAACACCAGAACUGGUGAAUCCAACUCCAUGGUCUGCUUCUGAUAUUCAAUUGGUUUCUGCUGCUCGUUUCACUACUUAUGGAAAACCGAAACCGCUAACUACGGAACAAGUGAAAACAGAAGUCGUAGAUCGAUUCGUUUAUGCUGCUAAAUAUGCAUACGAAUGUGGUUUUGAUGGAAUUCAGUUACAUGGAGCUCAUGGAUAUCUUUUGUCUCAAUUCACUUCUCCAACUACAAACAAAAGAACUGACAAGUACGGUGGAUCCCUCGAGAAUCGUCAGCGUGUCAUUAUUGAGAUAUUCGAUGCAAUUCGUGCGGAAAUUCCUGCGUCUACAGGAUUCUUGAUUGGAAUCAAAGCAAACUCUGUGGAAUUCCAAGCAGAAGGAACAACUUUGGAACAGGCGAAAGAGAUGUGUCGUGUUUACGAGAGCAAGGAGUUCGACUUUGUUGAGUUGUCAGGCGGAACUUAUGAGAAGUUGGCAUUCUGUUAUGAACGAGAAUCAACAAGAAGAAGAGAAGCGUUCUUUUUGGAGUUUGCUGAGCAGAUCCGUCCAGUAUUCAACAAGACUGUUGUCUACUUGACCGGGGGUUUCCGAACAGUUUUCGCAAUGGUUGAUGCUAUCAAUAACAAUGCAACUCAGGGAAUCGGACUCGGACGACCAAUAACAGCCGAGCCAGAUCUUCCGAAGAAAAUUCUGGAGGGUUCUGUAAAUUCAGCGGUACAAGAUGGUUUCAAUCAGAAUGAUAUGGCUGCUACUGCUAUGGCAAGUAAUUCUCAAAUGGAGCAGAUGGGAAGAAAUAGUUUAAACGAUGCUGGUAGAAACAUCAUGGAUCAAAUAUCCGACUUCAGCAACGAUGAAACAGUUCAAAGAUUUGGUCAAGCUUUAGCUGAUCAUUUGGUGCAAGCCGGAAUAGAUAUCGCUGAUGGAAAACGUCCGAAACCUAUUGUCGUAUUCAACUAG